UCUCAGGUAGGAGAGAGGAGAGAGAGAGAUCAUUGGCCCAGUGGAACCCACCCUCUUUCUCUUCUGCAACCCAGUUUGAACUUCACUGCCUGAAAGGAUUCCACAACCCUGGUUAGAGAGAGAAAGAGAGAGCUGAAUCACUAUAGCGAGAGAGAGCUGAGGCACUCGCUGCUCAGUUCUAUUAACAAUGGAGGAAUACCCUGAAGAAUUGAGAACCCCACCGGUCUCGCUGGUGUCUCUGGUGGGUGUACCAGAGCUCCACCCCACCAUUUCCAGCUUCCUCCACUCCGAAGCCCCACCCAUGAACACCCUGGCUUUACCAGACUUCUCGAAGAUCUCUCUCAUGGCUUCCAAGCAAAAGGAAACCCUAGAUUCUCACCGACAGCCCGGUGGUUUCAUAAAGCGUGACUGGCUCUCCAAGCACAGGACCCGUCUCCCCUCUGUUGUUGCCGCCUUAUUUAACUGGGAUCACGUUUUCGGGGACCCAACACAGUGGCUUCAGGUCUGCACUGAUAUAGAAAACCUAAAAGUUGUGAUUCGUGUCCAAAACAUCAAACUCGUGGUGGUGCUGGUGCAAACAGGUCCCAGGGAUGAUGGCAAUGAGGAUCGUAUGAUUGCUUUGAGGAAGCGUGCAGAAAUAGAUGCCAAAUACCUUAUUGUUUAUGCACAAAAGGAUCCAUUGGAAGUAAAGCAAUCCCUCAGCAGAUUGGCCAGCAUCUUUUCGGAAUUGUCACUUACGUAUUACAGGGACGAAGGACGCAGGCUCAAGACCCGGAUCGAAAAGAAGACGUUUAAUUUCCCUGAGUUGAAUAUCCGUUAUUGCUUCAAGGUUGCUGUAUAUGCAGAGUUUCGAAGAGAUUGGGUUGAGGCCUUGAAAUAUUAUGAGAAUGCCUACUUUGCUUUACAUGAGAUGAUUGGGAUUACAACAAGGUUGCCUCCAAUUCAACGCUUGGUUGAGAUAAAAGCAGUGGCAGAGCAACUUCAUUUCAAGGUUUCCACUUUGUUACUUCAUAGUGGGAAGGUUUUUGAAGCAAUCCAGUGGUUUUGGAAGCAUGCCGCAUGGUACAAGAGGCUGAUAGGAGUUCCUGAAGCUGUUCUCCUUCACUGGGAGUGGGUGAGCAGACAAUUUUUAGUCUUUGCAGAAUUAUUGGAAACAAGUUCAAUUCCAAGCGCUGGAGUUUCCCCUUCUGGGACAUCUGAGAGGCAGAUUACUGAGUGGGAGCUACAACCAGCUUACUAUUACCAGCUAGCUGCCCAUUAUCUUAGGGAGAAGAAAAUUUCUCUGGGCUUCCAACUGUCCAUGUCAGAAACACUCAAACGCCCCGAAGGGGUUGCUGCAAUCGAAAGUAACCCAGACUCUGUCGUACCAUCUGUAUAUGUGGGUCAAUUCGCAUUGUUACUUGAGCGAGGGGAUACCUUUGCAAUGCAAAGCAGUUUGAGUGAUGCAGAGUACAUUGCCUAUGCCAUUGAAGAAGCAAAAAGGUUCCAGGAUUCAUAUGAGAUAAUUGCUCUUCUCCGGAAAUCUUUUGAUCUAUACACCACCCUCAAUUCUCAAAGGAUGGCAUCUUACUGUGCCAACCGUAUGGCAAGAGAGUAUUUGGCUUCUGGGGAUUUUGGUAGUGCAAAAAAGCUAUUUGACAGUAUUGCAGGCCGUUACAGGCAAGAGGGUUGGGUUACUUUGCUGUGGGCGAUCUUGGGUUAUUUGAGGGAGUGCUCAAAAAGGCUCAGUUUACUAAAAGAUUACAUUGAAUACUCUCUAGAAAUAGCUGCAUUGCCUGUUCUUGAUAAUGAUGAAAUUGACUCUUCCAAUAAUAAACAUGACUACGAGCUAAUCGGUCCUGCUAGUUUUUCACAAAGAGUGACAAUAAGUGAGGAGGUUUUCAAUCUUUUGAAAGGAGAAUCAGCUUUGAUGUCUAAUGAUAGCCUCAACAUAAAUGAAGAUCAUCCCUUGUGCCUUGAGAUUGAUCUCGUUAGCCCCCUUAGAGCAGUCCUUCUGGCCUGUGUUGCUUUCCAUGAGCAAGCUGUUAAGCCAGGGGUUCCCACUAUGCUUACUCUAUCACUCCUAUCACAGUUGCCACAUCCUGUUGAGAUUGAUCAAUUGGAAAUUCAGUUCAAUCAGUCCCCUUGUAAUUUUAUCAUUUGCAAUGAGCAGAUUUCUCAAGGUCACCAAAGUUUUCCUGAGGGUGACAAUGUGAGAGUUGAGAAAGUUUCGGUUCUAAAGCUUGAAACAAACAAAUGGCGGCGAUUCACAUAUGACAUCAAAUCCGCAGAUCAGAGUGGCAAACUUGAAUGCUUAUCCAUCAUUGUGAGGAUAGGGCGCCACUUCUCCAUAUGUUGUCGAGCUGAAAGUCCUGCUGCAAUGGAAGAUCUGCCUCUUUGGAAGUUUGAGGACAGGGUUGAAACCCUUCCAACUAAGGAUCCCAGCCUCUCUUUCUCUGGUCAAAAACUCAUACAGGUGGAAGAGCCAGACCCUCUUGUAGAUGUUAUCUUAACCACACCUGGGCCUGCAUUGGUUGGGGAAAACUUCCCGGUUUCUCUCAAUGUAAUUUCUAAGGGGCAUGCAAUUUAUUCAGGAGAGAUAAAGAUCAACCUUGUGGACACAAGAGGUGGCUUAGUUAGCCUUAGAGAUAUGGAAUCCAUCUCUUCAGAGGCCAACCAUGUCGAGCUUCUUGGAGUUUCAGGAUCAUCUGAGAACAAUGAACUCCAAAUGGGUUCUGACAGUAUCAGGAAAAUUCAACAGUCUUUUGGGUUGAUUUCCAUUCCCUUUGUCAAUGCUGGGGAAUCUUGGUCCUGCAGGUUAGAUAUCAAAUGGCACAGGCCCAAAAUGGUAAUGUUGUAUGUUUCGUUGGGCUACUACCCAACUAGCGGGGAACCUAAUGUGCAAAAGGUGCAUGUCCACCGAAGCCUGCAAAUCGAGGGCAAAACAGCCAUAGUUGUCAACCAUCGUUACUUGACACAAUUUAGGCGAGACCCACUCUUACCCUCCAAGGUUAAAAAUGAGUCAGAUACCGACCGCUCAACCACUCUCCCCCUCAAUGAAACAUCUAUUCUCCUAGUGACUGCCAAGAACUUCUCUGAGGUGCCCUUGCAGGUAAUAUCCAUCACCAUCGAAAGGGAUGGUUUGGACGACAAUUCUUGUGUUUUGAGAGAAGCUACUCCAAAAUCUGCCCCCAAAUAUGAGAUGACGCUUUUAGUGCCUGAUGGAGACUAUAAACAAGUUUUCUCUCUGUCGCCUCUCUCUACCUCCCAAGAACUCGAGGUAGGAACAGCAUGUGUGAGAUGGAAGAGAGAUGUUGGGGAUUCUGACAUAGUUACCACGAGGCAUCGACUGCCUGAUGUUAAAGUGGAGAAACCACAGAUCAUUGUGACCUUAGAAUACCCUCCACAUGUUGUACUCGGUGUUCCUUUCUCUUUCUGUGUGAGGAUAGAAAAUCAAACUCAGCUUCUUCAAGAGAUCAGGUAUUCUUUGGUGGAUUCUCAGAGCUUUUUGCUAAGCGGGUCUCACUGUGACACUGUGUUUGUGUUGCCCCAUUCGAGUCAAGUGCUCAGUUUCAUGGCAGUGGCUUUGGUGUCUGGAAUGCAACAGUUGCCUCAGGUUAGUGCGAGUGCAAUUAGGUAUUCGGCUGGGUUGCAACCAGCUAGUUCAGGUUCAAUGGUCUUUGUUUUCCCUUCGCAGCAGAGCUUGAAGUUGGAAGGGGCUUCUUGUGUUGAGGAGGGGGGUGGAAUUGCACCAGAACCCAUCUCUGCUCAGUGAUGCUCUUUAAUUCUCUCUCCUUCUCUCUCUCUCUCUCUCUCUCUCUCUCUCUCUCUCUCUCUCUCUCUCUCUC